UCUGGGCUCCUCGGGAAACUUCUGUGAGGACGGAGUGGAGGAAGUCGCAGCCCAUGUUAGGAAAUGUUCUCCCCGAGGCGCUGAGGAGCUGCGCUGCAGUCAGCUGGACACCUCACAGUGCGGAUCGCACACGGGAAGGACUUCUGUCCGGCGAGGAUCAUCAGAAUAGACAAAGUAAUAAUAAUAACAAUAAUAAUAAUAACAAUUCAUCGGUAUGGCUCAAGCGAAAAUCCAGGCCAAAAUGAGCGAGCCUCCCAGCGCUAAGUUCAGCAGGACGCUGUCCAUGGCAGAUCGCUCCGGACGACUGCUGGAAAGUUUGGAUCAGCUGGAAGUGAGGGUGGAGGCUUUACGCGAAGCAGCUUCAGCCAUGGAGCAGGAAAGAGAGUGCAUCCUGGAAAUGAUUCAGUCCAUACAGAACGGACAAGAAAUGCGAAACAUCUGCGCUGGGGAGAGGGAAGAGCUAGGCUUGACUGCAAACCGCCUCAUGGGCCGCACUCUGUCUGUGGAGAUCUCUGUCGGCACAAUCAGAAACCCCCAGCAGGAGGAGGCGCUGCGCAAGGCCACGGCCAUAAUUGAUGAACUUGUGAAAAAACUACUGGAUGACAUGGACAACAGCCGGCAGCGACUGCAGGCCCUGCACGCGGCCUGUGUCACUGAGGCCCCGCCCGUCCCCAUCGACCAAAAGUUUCAGGCCAUCGUGAUCAGCUGUGCUCUGGAGGACCAGAAGAAGAUCAAGCGGAGGCUUGAGACUUUGCUGAGGAACGUUGGAAAUGCAGAGAAGAACAUCAAGAUUAUGGAUCACCAAAAACUGGAGGAACCGAAAGCGAAUGGCUGUCACUAAUACACAACACCAAAAGAGAAGAUGUGUCUUAAUCAUGCCACUAACCUCACUAAGAACUGCUAUAAUCCUGUAUUAACUCUUAGAAGGACAAAACAUGUAGCAGCAAAAGUCCUUGUGGGUGAAAUCACAGUGAUACUGAACCUUAGGGCCAAGAAAGUACAGUAAAACAACAAACACCAACAUUUUCCUUUCAUAUUGUCGUUAUUUACACUGAACUACAUAAUAUGGAUUGUUGUAUACUGAGAUGUGUAUGCCUGGUGCAUUAUCAUGGAAUAUACAAUGACAUAGUGUCCAAUUGGUGGUUUGAUCCAGUGACAAACAAUGAAUGCAUGAAUAACAGUACAGUAAUAGCAGCAGAAUAAGAGCAUCUCUCUCUGUUUCCUUGUCUCACUGUUUAAAUCAGCCACUUGGUCAGGGUGUGCAUACACUACCUCUUUGUGUGAAGGCAACACAAAUCACAUUAAGCUGUGGAUUUUAGUUCAUAUUUGCACAAAGCUGUUUUAUGUCUGAUUAUGUGUGUUGGGGGAAAAAAAAAAAGAAUAAAUAAGCACACUGAGUACGUGA